AUGGCGUGCGUGCCGUGCCGCGUGUCUGCAAGCUCUCUCAACCUCACCUUUUUCCUCUUGUACUGUGCUGCCCAACGCCCCCUCCACUCCACGCCAUCCGCAGAUCGCCCACUCCUUUGCGUCCUUCACAGUCCCAGAAAAGGCGUGGCACGUGUGGUGCAUGGGCUGCUGCUGCAAUCUUUCCUACCCUCUUGCAUUGUGCUGCCCAACGCCCCCUCCACUCCACGCCAUCCGCAGAUCGCCCACUCCUUUGCGUCCUUCACAGUCUUCCCAGAAAAGGCGUGGCACUCGUGCCGCAUGUCGCUGCAGGGGUGCAAUCAGGAGCGGCUCGAUCUUAUUCAUGCCUAUCGGGAUGAGAUGGUGGAAAAGGUGUCGCCCCUCCUCUCGUCCAAUCGCAGCGCGUCACCUGUCCGGCGCCUGUUGGCUGCAGCAUCAAGCGAAAGUUCAGCAAACGGAGCGUACCUCGUGUCUUGCCGAGCACACUGCAUGGCAAUGGGUCCCAUGUGGCAUGGCAGCACUGCCCCACGAAUACACAACAAG